CCGCGUCAGACUCAUAAAAUCAGACUUGGCAACCAUGUAGAGCGAGUACACUCCAUCAAACCGAAAUACAAAAUAAUAAACAAUUUUGCGCUCUUCAGUUUCCAUACAUAACCAGACCUCCUUCCCUUCACCCUCAGCGCAGGUCUCAAUCUCAUAAUUCCACAAACAAAACACCCAAAAAAAAAAAAAAAAAAAAAUUUAUAUACUCAAAUUGAAUCAACACACAAACGAUAGAGCCAGAGAGAGAGAGAAAGAGAGAGUUGUUUCAUCGAGUUUAAGCCUCGUUCUUGUCACCUUUGUAAACUAGAAACAAGACUAGGUUGAUGAUACGUUAUGUUUUGUUUUGUUUGAAAAUAUAUAAAAGUUGAAAGAGGGACUUUUUGUCAUAGAGGGGAGAAAAUGCGGGUGAAAAUAAGGUCGAUAUAACAUGGGUUCGGGACAGGUGGUUGUGAGCGGUGGCGGGGACGGUGGCAUUGACGGUGGCGGUGGAGGUGGAGGUGGGGCGGCGGCAAGUGGGUGUAGUUGUUGGUGUAGAUGGGGAUGGAAACAUGUGAAUAAUCAUGGACAUGUUGGGCGGAGUAGGUUUAUGUUUUCUUCUUCAGGAUUUGUUUUCUUUGUUUGGUGUUUUAUUGUGUACGGAUUCGUUGGGUUGCUUUAUGGCUGGCUUGUUGUGAAGAAGCCCUAUGCAAGUACAGGAAUGGUGCAGCCUUUUGGUUGUAGGGAAGACAGUGAAGGCUCUUGGGCCAUUGGUGUUUUCUAUGGUCACUCUCCUUUCUCUCUCAAACCUAUUGAAACAGUGAAUAUAUGGAGGAAUCAUAGUGCGGCGUGGCCAGUGGCUAACCCAAUUAUAACAUGUGGGUCUGUUUCUGCUUCUGGUUUUCCUAGUAAUUUUGUUGCUGAUCCUUUUCUAUAUGUUCAGGGAGAUGUUCUUUACCUAUUCUAUGAAACCAAGAAUUCGAUUACGAUGCAAGGGGAUAUUGGAGUUGCAAAAAGUGUCGACAAGGGAGCAACAUGGGAGCAACUGGGCAUAGCUCUGGAUGAGGACUGGCAUCUCUCAUAUCCAUAUGUGUUUGAAUACCUUGGUCAAAUAUACAUGAUGCCUGAGAGCAGUGGGAAAGAGGAACUUCGUCUUUAUCGAGCAAUUGACUUUCCUUUGAAAUGGACACUGGACAGGAUUGUUAUGAAGAAGCCCGUCAUUGACCCCGUUCUAGUUAAUCAUGAUGGAAUCUAUUGGCUUUUUGCUUCUGAUCAUAGUGGUUUUGGAACCAACAGGAAUGGACAGCUGGAACUUUGGUAUAGCAGCACACCUCUUGGUCCUUGGAAGCCACACAAGAAGAACCCUAUAUAUAAUGUUGACAAGUAUUUGGGGGCGCGAAAUGGAGGCAGGCCAUUUGUGUAUAAUGGAAAUCUUUAUCGUGUUGGUCAGGACUGUGGCGAAUCAUAUGGGCGACAAGUGCGUACCUUUAAGGUGGAAGUUCUUACCAAGGAUGAAUACAAAGAAGUUGAAGUCCCCUUCAUCUUAGAGGGGUCAUACAAGGGUCAAAAUGGUUGGAAUAGUGCUCGCAACCAUCACCUUGAUGUGCAGCAGUUAAGUUCCGGUGAGUGGAUUGGGUUUAUGGAUGGAGAUCGAGUCCUUUCAGGAGACUCAAUCCGUCGGUUUCUUCUUGGCUGUUCUUCUAUUGCAGCUGUUGCUACGCUUGGCAUCUUAUUAGGUGUGCUACUUGGAGCUGUGAAGUGCAUCAUCCCGCUUAACUGGUGUGCACAGUACUCAGGGAAGAGAAGUGAUUCAUCCUUGGAUUGGGAAAAGGAAAGUUUUCUUAGCUCAAAGGUCAGAUGGUUUUGUAGCCGCUUGAACCGAUCAGCUUUGAUUCUUCAGGGCAGGGUAAAACCAAAUACAAGUUCUGGAAGAAUGGUUCUGUCAGUGAUAUUUGUAUCUGGAGUUGCACUGACGUGCACAGGGGUUAAGUACAUCUAUGGAGGCAAUGGCGCAGAUGAAGCUUACAUGUGGAAGGGUCAUUAUUCUCAGUUCACAAUGUUAACAAUGACAUAUGACGCUCGCCUCUGGAAUUUGAAAAUGUACGUGAAGCAUUACUCAAGAUGCUCCUCGGUGAAAGAGAUUGUCGUAGUGUGGAACAAAGGGGUAUCUCCAAAAUUGAGUGAUCUUGACUCAGCAGUGCCUGUGAGGAUUAGAGUGGAGAAUCAAAACUCCUUGAACAAUCGGUUUAAGAUUGAUCCAUUAAUAAAGACUCGUGCAGUCCUUGAGCUUGAUGAUGAUAUUAUGAUGACUUGCGAUGAUGUUGAACGAGGGUUUCAGGUAUGGCGCCAACAUCCGGAUAGGAUAGUGGGGUUCUACCCACGCUUAGUCGAUGGAAAUCCAUUGAAGUAUAGAGGUGAGAAAUAUGCAAGAAGCCGAGAAGGGUACAAUAUGAUCCUUACUGGGGCAGCCUUCAUCGAUAAUCAACUGGCUUUUAAGAGGUACUGGUCCAAGGAAGCGAAGGCUGGAAGAGAACUGGUAGACAAAUACUUCAACUGUGAGGAUGUGUUACUGAAUUAUUUAUAUGCGAAUGCAAGCGCUUUAAAGGCUGUAGAAUAUGUGAGACCGGCAUGGGCAAUCGAUACAUCGAAAUUCUCCGGUGCAGCUAUUAGCAGAAACACACAAGUACAUUACCAGAAAAGAAGCAAAUGCCUCCAGAAAUUUUCAGAGAUGUAUGGAAGCCUGGCUGGCCGGAAGUGGGAAUUUAAUGGUCGAAAGGAUGGCUGGGAUUUAUAGCAUAAAUACAUUUCAAUAGCAGGUUACUCUCUUAAUUCUCUAGAGUAAAUUGUUCUUCAUGUCUCUAUAGUUUUUUUUUUUUUUUCUCUCUCUCUUAAAAUUUUAAAAUACCCCUUUGUUAAUUUUGGUGGGGGACUUUUGUUUACAAAUACAUCUAAUGGGGUAAGAUGAAAAUUAGUUGUCAGACUUUCUAGUUUCCUUUUGUGUUGUUGAAAGAAGAAAAAAAUGUAGGUUUUGUUUGUCUUUUAUAUCUCUUCUCUUUGGCUGUUAUGAUCCUUUGCAAUAUUGGAAUGACAAGUAAAUGAGAAAGAAGUAAUUCAAGUAA